GCUAAACGUAUUUGCGUUCGUGGGUUUCCAUUAACUGUGUCAGUGAAUAUGCAUUUAUAUACAUUUCUACCAGUUAGAGAUGCGUUUGCACCUGCUUAUGACUUCAUUCUCACACAUGAAACCG